GUCGGGGGUAGGGGGUGGGGUGAAUCCCGGCAGACUCCCGGGAGGAGACGCGCCACGACACCCCUAGAGCGGGUGGACAGAACCGAGAGCUGCCAGCCCGAAGCGUCGUUGUCCCUUCUCCACUCCAGCAUCCGGAACCUUAAACGCGCGGAACCUCGGUGGCGGAACGCGGGCCUCGCGGACCUUGCGGGAGAUGGAGCAGGCGCGCGGGCCGGGUGCCGAGGCUGACGCGCCCGAGGAGGAGGAGGGGGAGCCGCAGGCGGCCAUGGCGGCCGUAGUGUCCGCUGCGGGUGGAGCGUGCCCCGCAGUCCUGCAGGUGGCGGGCCUCUACCGAGGCCUGUGUGCGGUGCGCAGCCGCGCCCUGGGGCUGGGGUUCGUGUCACCGGCACAGUUGCGCGUGUUCCCGGUGCGCCGGGGCUCGGGCCUGCCCCCCGAGGGAGCAGACGGCAGUGGGGUCAGCGAGCUGGAAGCGAACCCCUUCUACGACCGCUACCGGGACAAGAUCCAGCAGCUGCGCAGGUCUGACCCAGCUGCCUUUGAGUCCCGCCUGGAGAAGCGCAGUGAGUUCCGAAAGCAGCCAGUGGGGCACUCGAAACAAAGUGAUUUUAUCAAGUGUAUGGAGCAGAAGACAGAUGCCUUGGGGAAACAGCCUGUGAGCAAAGGAUUCACUAAGGACAAGACUCUCAGUUCAGUCUUCAACGUUGAGAUGGUGAAAGACAAAACUGCGGAGGAAAUAAAACAGAUUUGGCAGCAGUAUUUUUCAGCAAAAGACACAGUCUACGCAGUUAUUCCUAAAGAGAAGUUUGAUUUGAUCUGGAACAGGGCUCAGUCCUGCCCAACAUUUCUUUGUGCACUACCAAGAAGGGAUGGUUAUGAGUUCUUUGUAGGACAAUGGACGGGUACAGAGCUCCACUUCACUGCACUUAUAAAUAUUCAGACCCGAGGGGAUGCAGCAGCCAGCCAGCUGAUUUUAUAUCACUAUCCUGAACUUAAGGAAGAAAAGGGCAUAGUGCUGAUGACAGCAGAAAUGGACUCCACAUUUCUGAAUGUUGUGGAGGCACAGUGCAUCGCCAAUCAGGUUCAGCUCUUCUACGCCACCGAUCGGAAGGAGAUCUAUGGGCUAGUAGAGACCUUUAACUUCAGACCAAAUGAGUUCAAAUAUAUGUCUGUCAUCGCUGAGUUGGAGCAGAGUGGACUUGGAGCUGAACUGAAACGUGCCCAGAACCAAGAUAAGACUUAGAGGUAUCCGGAUUGUCUCUUCACAGUGUUGGCUCAGUCCUGGAUGGCCUGAAGCCCACCCACACCCUUGAAUUCCAGAGCUCAGCAUCUGCAACAAGCAGCCUGUAAAGAGUUACUGUGUACGCUUAUUGCAAGACGUGAUUGUGGACAUGAGCCCUAAUACUUGAUACAGGAACAAAGAUAUACAAUUAUUCUGAUAAUUACCUCUCAGCAUAAGGGUUCCUUUUCAGUGUUUCUGGCCUUUGGAAUGAGAAAUAUUCAGGGAUCCACAAGACUAUUGGCUUGGUUUUAUUUAGUGUAAUAGUGCAGUUGCAUUCUGGCCAUUUUGACCUCAUAGCUCCCACUUCUAUGACUUCAUAAACUGUAGCAAUAAGCUUGAAGAUCUUAGAGAUGUUGGCUUUAUAUACUCUUUCCAUGCACCAGUGAGCUGGCUAAAAACAUAACCCAAAACUCCUGGCCAGACUCUAAUACAACCGGCUAUUCUCAUCAGAAUAAAGACUUGUGGAUGCCCCUCCAGAGUUGCCUUCAGUGUAACUCAGUGAAUUACGGGUAUACUUCAAUAAACAGGUUCAAUGCCUGUAUACUGUUAAACUGUCGCUUAUGGCCCUACUCCCUGAACUCUGCCUGUGAGAAGCUGAUGAAUCACUACAGUGUAAAUAAAACCUUUUUCUAAGGAGAUCAAUCUAGAUUUGCAUGAUUAAAAAAAUAAGUGUUAUAUGAAAAUGUGGGUGGAAGCCAAAGUUCCCAGAUUGAGUGCAGGGAAUGUAGCAAUAAAAUAAGUCUGGUUUUUGGUCUCUGUUA